GGCCAGGAGAUGGUCCCAGUGGGAGCUGGGGGUCCCCCGGGGCCGGCACCCGAGGGGGAGACCCUGCGGGGCGGGGGGAAAAGGAUGGGAGGGGGUUGGAGCGAGAUCCUGGCUGUGGCUCCCGGUGUCGGUGGGCUCCGGCCCUCCUGGCUGCCAGCGCCUGACCCAGCCCCUACCCCACAGGAGGUGCGAGUCCUCGGGCACCGCUUCCGCAACCCCGUGGGCCUGGCGGCCGGCUUCGACAAGCAGGGCGAGGCUGUGGACGGGCUGUACAAGAUGGGGUUCGGCUUUGUGGAAGUGGGGACGGUCACGCCCCAGCCCCAGGAGGGGAACCCCAGGCCCAGAGUUUUCCGGCUGGCAGAGGACGAGGCAGUCAUUAACAGGUACGGAUUCAACAGCCAUGGCCACGUCGCAGUGGAGCGCAGGCUGCGGUCCCGCCAGGAGAUGCAGCUCAGGCUCACUGGUGAGGGAAUGCCCCUCGGAGUCAACCUGGGCAAGAACAAGAGCUCUACCGAUGCUGCAGCUGACUACGUGGCUGGAGUCCGGACACUGGGCCCUUUGGCUGACUACUUGGUUGUGAACGUGUCCAGCCCAAACACCCCAGGGCUGCGGGACCUGCAGGGCAAGGCUGAGCUGAGGGACCUGCUGACCAAGGUGCUGGCGGAGAGGGAUGCGCUGCCCUGCGAGCACAAGCCAGCUGUGCUGGUGAAGAUCGCCCCUGACCUCACAGCGCAGGACAAGCGGGACAUCGCGAGCGUCGUCCGCGAGCUCGGUGUGGACGGGCUGAUUGUCAGCAACACCACCGUGAGCCGGCCCAGCGGCCUCCAGAGCCGGCAGCACACGGAGCCCGGGGGCCUCAGCGGGAAGCCGCUGCGGGAGCUCUCCACGCAGACCGUCAGGGAGAUGUACACCCUCACCCAGGGCCAGGUGCCCAUCGUCGGGGUGGGCGGGGUGAGCAGUGGGCACGACGCCCUGGAGAAGAUCCGUGCUGGAGCCUCGCUGGUGCAGAUAUACACAGCACUUGUGUACCAUGGGCCGCUGGUGGUGGGGACGGUGAAGCGGGAGCUGGAGGAGCUGCUGAGGGAUUCAAGAACGUCAUGGAGGCGGUGGGAGCAGAUCACCGGCGCUGAUGUGCUGCAGGACCAAGAUCUGGCUGGGAGCAGCUGUGGCCAGGCAGGGACAGGCCUGACGCUUCCAGUGCUGGGGACACCCCUUGGGCUGGUGGGACACAGUCCAGAUCUCCUCAGCCGAGCAGCUCCCUUCACGUUGUUCCCAGUUGGUGCAUCUUUUCCUGGUGCUAGAAGCUGCAGGGCUCUGGGAUGGUUCCACGCCGAGCCCGCCUGGGCUCCCUUCGCAGAGAUCUCCAUGUGAGGCUGGGCCCUUGGGAGGUGCUGGACACAGUUUCUUCCCUUUGCUGCCAGUACACAGAUGUUUGGAGGCAGCUGUGGUUACGCCCUGUCACUUGUGAAAAGGCCCUGUUUGUUCACACUGCUGGAGGCUGUCGGGUUUGUCUCUGGGGCUCCGGUGUUGACUUGUUUUACCCUGGGCUGCCUGUUGUCAUCUUGGGCUUUUCUUGAGCAACACGGCUUUGACUUGGACGUGGCAUUCCCUCUGCAGCCUCUCGCAAUCCACCCUGCAGAGCAGGAUAGCAUCACAGCUCUUCACCAAACUGGUUUACAGGUGCGGGGCCGCUGACCCUACUCCCAGAAGCCCUUUGUUCACGUCAGGGCUGUCACCCACCUGCUCCCCUGCUUCUGCAGCCCCUGCACCAACCUUGUUCCCUCGAUUCUCUGCUUUCAGACAGCUGGUGCUUGCUGCUGCUCUGACAGGGACAUGAGCUGGUCCGCUGGCCGAGGUUUGCAUGUGCUUUCUCUGGAGAGGGCCUGGGAGGCUCCAGGUCUGAAGGCAGCUGUCGUGUCCGUGGGAGUGUGAGCUUGAGUUUUCCCUUGUCCUGCUGCACUUUUGUCUGUGCUCUGCAGCUGAUCCCUGACUGUGACUUGGAGACAAUCGGUACCUUGUGCUGCCAUGGCAUUAGCUGGUGGCGUUGGUCUCAAGCGUGGCCCUGUGCUGCCACAGCCCGGUGCGUGGGCGGUGGUCCAUGUCCACGGGCAGCCUGGUUAGCUCCUGCACACAGUCCCUUUGUCUGAGUGAACCUUGGCGCUGCCAGUGGGCACCAGGGCACAGCCGUGUGUUGCUUUUU